GCUAAAGUAAGAUGGUGGACAGGAGAGAGAUAGAGAUAGAGGUACAGAGAGAGAACGCAGCCAUGGUUGGACUUCCGUACGAUUUCCUUGUUAAUCCACUUGGCGCUGUGAGAUCCACCUUCGAGAAGGCGAUAUCAUCGGGUUCUAAUCCUUCGUCUUUUGAUGGCAAUGACUGGGGUGCGCUCGAACCAUUUCGCCACUUCCUUUUCGACCAAAAUGGUCUAUCUAAGGUUCCAAUUCUUAACGCUUCUAGCGUUAGAUGUGUUCAGCCCAACACUCUUGUUCGGUUCCGGGGAAUGAUACAAGAUAUGCUGGGAAAUGAGUUCUAUGUUGGCGCUUACAAGGAUGGCACCACUUGGAAAACCACCAAGUAUACGGAUUCUUCUCAAUGUCCAACUGGAGUUUCACCAGAUAUGCGUAUCUGGGAACGCCGUUUGCUAUACUGUGUGCCUGUUCCAGGUAAAAGUUCUUGGACGGAAUCAUCAAGUUUAGGAGAGAUCAAUCACAGUGCUGAGGGGACAUCCGAAACCAGACAAAAGCGUUGCAGAUUGGAUGAAAAUGCCGUUGAUCAUAUGGACUUACAUGCUUCAAGUGAUGAGCUUCAAAAUUCUUCCAGUACGAAAAAGCUGAAAGACGAGCAACUUUCUCUGGGCUUACCGUCCCAGAAUAUUUCAACCGCGGCUACUUCUAGUCUAAGCACUCUUUGUGCUGAAAGGGAUUUUCUUCCUUGUCUAGUUAAGGUAUAUGAUACUGUGGAGUCUGAGUUGAAGUUGAAUGACGUUUUUGAGUUUAUUGGAGUUAUUACCCUGGGCACAGAGCAAAAAGCUGAAAAGGAUGAUCAUGAUGAGUUCUCAGAUGGUUUAAGUGAGGACUUAUCAGUUCAAUUUCCUCCCGACAUGGUACCACGUCUUCAUUGUGUUAUUCACAGGAAACUUGCUGUUCAUGACUUUCUCCGCACUAGCCAUGUGUUAGAGCCCACAACCCAUCGAAUUAAAGAGAUACGCGCAACUCUUCUGAAUCACCUGACCGUCACUCUUGGCAAUGAUGGACUUGCAGCCCAUUUUUUGUUGUUGCAUCUUCUGUCCAAGGUACAUGCCAGGGUGGAUUCCAUGGCAGUGGGCAAACUUUCACUAAACCUCACAGGUUUUAACAGAGAAAGUAUGUCCAUUUUUGGCAAUCAACUCAGGCUUACCGUGAAGAGCCUUCUUCCAUUCACGGAAUAUAUACCUCUCACAGUGGAAUAUCUAAAUACUGCCUCACUGGCACCGAAGAAGGAUUAUGAGAUAAACAGACUGGUUCCUGGCGUACUUCAACUGGCAGAAGGCACACAUUUGAUGAUUGAUGAAACUCAAUUAGAAGUAGGUACACUGAGUUCUCUUGGAGUUGAAAAUGCAAGGUUACUGAAAAAUCUAAUGGAGUUGCAAAAGGUCGAAUAUGAUUUCAAAUACUACAAAAUGGAUAUGGCAACCGAUGUCCAAUUGCUAAUUUUGUCCGAGGGCAAAUCAAACAUUUUGCCAGCUGAUUUGGUUGUGCCUUUCCAACCUUCAUCUGUAGGUUCAUCCGCAAUUACUGACAUGGAUGCACUAGAAGCAUGGGGGUGGUACUUAUCUAAUGUAAGGUCAUUGCCACAUUCCAUUGGGUCAGAAAUGCAGCAGGUUGUAGAAAAUGACUUGGUGGCAGUAAAGCAGGCAGAUAGGAGCUUAGGCAGCCAAGACUUAAGCAGGUUGCUAACGAUAGGACGCCUGGUAUCUGCGAGUUAUGGAGAAACCUCCCUGUCACUGGAACAUUGGCAGAUGGUGAAGGAACUAGAAAGGCUGAGAAGGGAGAGGCUCACAUGAGCAAUACACCAAUUCACAUGAGAAACAAUUAGACGGCGUCUAAUACUUUGCCAACAAGAGCAGUUAAGCGAAUUUCCAACUUCCAAGUAGGAGAAAACCAAUUCCCACAUCUGUUCAGGAUUUAACCUUUUGUCACCAGUAGUAGCCUCGGACACUUGUGUUGGAACUUACCGCACCAAAUUCAACAACAGAAAAUCCUGCCACUGUCAUACUUUAGCGUGUGCUGUCCUAAAACACUUGUAAUUGAUAUUUUUCUUUGUGGGGAUUUUAUUUAUAUGACCGACUUUUUUUUUACCCCUUGCGGUAAAUUUAAUUGUUAAAACUGAUGCAGAAAUUUGGGAUAUUAAAGUAAUCUAUUUUGUUAACAUAGAUAUGAAAACACAGAUAUUUGAUCA